AUGAACGGGCGAACAAUCCAACAAGAGCUAUGUGCCAUAUGUCAUGUUCCUGGCCAUGCUACGAUAACAUGCCCUCCAGGAGUGGAUUUCCCUAAGUUUGUACAAGAACAAGAAAACAUGAUAAACUCCUACUAUCAGAAUCCAAGGUUUGACCCUCAUUCUAACUCUUAUAACCCAGGUUUUGGGGCACAUCCAAACUUUUCUUGGAAGAACACUCAAAAUGAAGCUAGCCAACCACCUACCACCACUUUGGAAAACAUGGUGCGGCAAUUGGCUAUCAGUCAACAGAAAUUGGCGGCUCGGGUGGGUCAAAUUGCAGAGGCAUUGAGUCGAAGGGAGGCUGAAAAAUUUUCAAGUCAAACUGAGAUCAAUCCAAACAAUAGGGAGCAAGCCAUGGCAAUUAUCGUUUGUGAUGAGCAGCAAAGUGUCAGUAAUAUCGAACAAGAUUGUCACAUAUCAAGUCCAAGAACAACCAUGUCAAAUGGUCAGUCUGACAUCGAUAAAUCUGCUCCACCUGAAAAGAAGAAAGUGGAUGAGAAUAAGGCUGCUCAACUGACUGAAGAGUGUAGUGCCAUAUCACAAAAGAAGUUGCUGCCAAAGCUUAAGGAUCCAGAGAGUUUCACUAUACCUUUCUGCAUAGCCAAUCAAAAUUUUGAACAUGCUUUAUUGGAUUUAGGUGUAUCAAUUAAUUUAAUGUCACUUUCUAUCUUUGAAUCUUUGAAUAUAGGAGCGCUCAAAAAGACCUCCGUGAGCAUCCAAUUGGCUGAUCGAUCUAUUCGAUAUCCUAAGAGAGUAUUAGAAGACAUUUUAGUUAAGGUAUAUGGACUAAUUUUUCCAGCUGACUUUCUAAUGCUUGAUAUGCGGGAUUGCCAAGAUCAAGGAGAAGAGCUUCCUCUGAUUUUGGGGUGA